AAUCAUCUCCCCUGUAAUGUCAAUCGGAUUCUGGUAAUCCCCUCUAUCGUCCGUACCCUUUGAACCGUUUCACAUAUAUAAAAUCUCUCUCUCAACACAGAAACUCGUUUAUAUAUAUAAGCACUCAAACACCCCCCCCAAGCCAGGAUCAAAUCUCAGAAGAUUAAUAGAGAGUUCUAAUAUAUAUAUCGGAGAUGGGUGAGGAGUUUCAAGCUGGGAUUUGUGGUGGGAAUAAUUACUGGUGGAUGAACAACAACAUGAUGAUGAUGAACCCAACAACAACACAAAGUGUUUUCCCUUUGACGAUGAUGAGUUCAUCUCCGUGUUCUGUACUUACAGGUAACAACGAUCUUUCAGGAGGAGGGAUGAUCGGCUACAGCACAUGGCAGACUGAUACGGUGGACCUGAUCAAGGCUCCGACGAGGACGACGACGACAGAGACGGCCACGGCGACCGUGGCGAACUCUGGUUCUGAUAUCUCUCCGGGGUUUCUAGAUGCGACGACGACGACGAAGCCACAGCUUCAUCAGAAUCAUCAUCAUCAUCAUCAGACUGGUGAAGCUGAUAUUGCAGACAAUCAUCAUCAUAAUGGUUCCAUCUUGAUGGAUUCGACCUUCGAAAUGAUGGGUUUUGGUCUCUCUUCGAAUUGGAAUCAUUCUCUCUUUGGUAAUUCUUCAUCACAUGCCCAAGAUCAGAAGAGAGAUCAAAUCUCCAUGAAGAAUCAAGAUUUAUGUGGUGGUGGUAAUUUCUCAGUUGGGUCUGUGCCAGUUUCUCCCUCGUCGUCACCAUUUGGAUGCCUUUCUAAUAAUAAUAAUAAUUCCUCAAGUUCGACGUUGAUUCGGAGUCUUUAUGAUAUUCCUCAUCAUCAACCACAAGUAGCACAGCCACUUUUCACCAACCCAAUACCACCAUCUUCCAUGGCCUAUUCUUCAAGUACAGCGAAUAUUGGCUCAAUAUCUAAUUCCACUGAGUUGAUCCCUUCACCAACAACUACAAAUACUACCACUUCUUCGUCUUCGUCUUCGUCUUCUUCUUCAUGGCCCAGACCCUCUAAUAAUAAUAAUAAUAAUAAUUCCUUCUUGAAGCCUACUGGUGGCUUGCACUUUUCUAACAGUACUGCUUUCUGGAAUGCUGCUGCUGAAACACCACAUGUUUUUGCUCCUUCUUUAAUAACUGAGAAACCCAAUUUCACAAACUCUCUCAUACCCAAGCCCAAGAGAGAAGAAGCUUUGGACUCAUCCGGGAAGAACUCGUGUGAACCUGCAAUCAAGAAGCAAAGAAUUGAAACGCCUUCACCAUUACCCACUUUUAAGGUUCGGAAAGAGAAGCUAGGGGACCGAGUCACUGCUCUUCAGCAAUUGGUGUCGCCUUUCGGAAAGACUGAUACAGCAUCUGUUCUUCACGAAGCCAUCGAGUACAUCAAGUUCCUGCAUGAUCAAGUCAGUGUUUUGAGCACUCCUUACAUGAAAAAUGGAGUUCCCAUCCAACACUUCCAACAGGGUUGUGAUGUGAAGGAAUCAUCAAAAGGGCCAAAACAAGACUUGAAAAGCAGAGGGCUGUGUUUGGUUCCGAUUUCAAGCACAUUCCCAGUCACAAACGAAACCCAUGUGGAUUUCUGGACGCCAUCAUUUGCAGGGACACUCAUCAGUAGAUAGAUAAUCUUAUUUAUACCAAAAAGAGGAAAAUUUUAUGAAGAAGUGACAGACUUAGACUUAUUAUUAUUAUUAUUUUCAUGAUCCAGGUUGAGUAUUUUCACUAUUAAAUUCCAUUCAUAAUCAUAGAUUAAGUGGUUCAAUAGUCCAAAUACUCACCCUUAAAUUAACUAUUUAUAUCUAUAGUCUGUCAUCUUUUCAUAAAAUUACCCGUUAGGGGAAAAAAAAGAAAAAGAAAAAGAAAAGUGAAUGCCAAACAUGUAGAAGGAGACUGAAGAGAAAAAGCUGAAGAGAACAAAAGGAAAAGCAGAGAGAAAAAAGGAAAGAAAAGGAAGUGACCCUUCAAAACAUGGACAGAAAAUGCUGGGCCAGGUACAAGCAUUUAUCAGAAUGAUGUGGGGCUGCCAAAUGAUUAAUUCGUGACCAUAUAUUAUAUAUAUAUAUAUAUUAUAUGCAGCUUGCUCGUUAGGUGCUUUAUGAAUAACACAAAAAGGAUUCAUUAGCUACUACUAGUAAUUUAUUUAAGUGCAAAAGGGGCGGGAACAAGUGUUAAAUUCAGCUUGAUUUUUCUUUAGUGGUUAGAUUAUAAUGUAGACAAUUUGAUAUUUUUUGUUGUUGAAGUACUGUUUCGUUAGAGAGAUUAUAUGUGUAAUCCAAUUAGCUGAAUUUAGCAGAUGGGGCUGAUGCCUUUUGUUCAUGUUUAAUCAGCAUUUUAUAUA